UACAAAACCAAGGAAUUGACUUGUGGAAAUUGGAAAAAAAAUCACGUUUGGAUAGGGUUUAGUUUUGUGGGAAUUGAUGGUGUGGAAUUUGAAAAAAGAAGUAAGAAAGCGUGGUAAUGUUAAAUUACUAGAGGGAGGUGUAGUAUUCUCAAUUACCAUGAAUGUGGUAAUUGAAGCCAAUUUCCAUGGUCCAAUUCCCAUACCAUUUUUGCUCUCCCAAACGUGGGUUUUUAACUCAAUUACUACAUUAUGUGGUAAUUGGGUCCAAUUACUGCAUUACAUUUCCACAUCCAAACGACCCCUUAAGUGUUGGCGUAGCAAACGAACUUGCCUAGUCCACGCAAUUUAGUCCAAAAAUGAUGAAACCCAACCCGACACGUCACUCGAAUCCAACCUGUGAACCCAACCCCCUCUUCCCUGACUUUCCCUUUCUUGCUUCUAACCCUUCUUCCCUCGAUCAUCCCCACCGUUUUCUCUCCCCCACUCCUUCCUCCGGCGAAACACAUAGCUGUUAGCCCGCCUACAUAUGGUGAGGAAGAGGCCAGCAAUUCAGCUGGCGGUGGAAAUUAAAAAAAAAUGUCAACAAAGUCACCGAAUGCAGUUGUGGAGGUGAGUGAGCAGGUGGGAAUUAAUUUCCCUUUGUCUCUCAUUAGCCUAUAAAAGGCAGAGGCAGUAGCCUCAAUUCGAUCAUCCUUCACCAUUCCAUUAUUCUCCAUUCCUUUGCUCUGCUUCUGUUCGUAUUUCUUUUGUGGGUUUUGGUAGUGAAACGUUUUCACUACCACGGGUAGAUAGGAGAAUUCUUGUGGUGAAAUAGUGAGGUUGUUCCGGGAAACACCGAGUGUUCUAUUUCCUUGUAUCUUGAAAUUCUCUGUAACCUACGGUUGCAAUAGUGAAGAAAUACUCUGGAGCUAUUGUUCCCGUGGACUGGCCCUAAAUCAGGGUAUACCACGUAAAUCCUCUGUGCCAUUUAUUAUUGUCUAUGCUUGUUGUCAUUUUGAGAAUAGUCGUAGUAUAUUGCGUUAUUAAAUUACCGAAGUAAAUUGAUCUAAGUAAGUUGGUUACCGUAAUUCUGGAGGCUCUGCCACCAGGUCCAACUUACCUGUGAACUUUUUACAAGCGUGUGAUUUUUUAAUCCAAUAUAUUUACCCGCUAUUCUCACCCGCUGCGCCCAACAAGUGGUAUCAGAGCCACGUCCAAUGGAGGCAAAAACAAGCAAGAUGAUAAGUCUGAAUGGCUCCAACUAUCACAUAUGGAGAAACAAGAUGAAGGAUCUCCUACUCGUGACGGAGUUGCAUUUGCCGGUGUUUAGCCCAACUAAACCUGAUGCAAAACUGAAGAGGAAUGGGAGUUCAAGCAUGAGCAAGUAUGUGGCUACAUUCGACAGUUCGUCGACGAUAAUGUAUACAACCACAUUAGCGGAGAAACUCAUGCCAGAACUCUGUGGAACAAGCUGGAGGCACUUUAUGCAUCAAAGACCGGCAACAACAAAUUAUUUUAUCUUACCAAGUUGGUCCAGAUGAAAUACAAGGAAGGCAAAUCCUUGGCGGAUCACUUGAACGAAAUUCAAGGGAUCGUGGAUCAGUUGUCCGGUAUGGGCAUAAAGAUGGAAGAUGAGGUGGUCGCUCUCCUCGUUCUGGCUUCCCUUCCAGAAUCUUGGGAGACGCUAAAAAUUUCACUUACCAACUCUGCGAAAGAUGGAGUUAUAAACAUGGAGAUUGUCAAAAGCGGAGUCCUGAACGAAGAGAUGCGAAAAAGAUCACAAGGUGCAUCCUCAUCAUCUUCCCAGUCAGACCUUCUGACAGUGGAUUCCAGAAGCAGAGGAAGAAGUGAAGCUAGAGGCUCAAAGCAAAGAGGCAAGAGUCGAGGGAAGUCCAACAAGUUUGCCAACAUCCAAUGUCAUCACUGCAAGGAAAAGGGCCACAUCAGAAGAUUUUGCCCAAAGUUCAGAAAUGAGAGAAAGAAGGGCAAACGAGAUGAGAACAGUGAUGAUGAUGGUGCAAACUCUGUAGAUGAGUUCAAUAUUGUCUACGAGGAAGAUGUUGUCAACCUGACAACCCAGGAGACAAGCUGGGUGGUUGAUAGUGGUGCUACCAUCCAUGUGACGUCCAAGAGAGAAUUUUUCUCAUCUUACACACAAGGUGACUUUGGUGUGGUAAGAAUGGGAAAUGGUAAUCUUUCCAAAGUUAUCGGAAAAGGAGAAGUCUGCUUGGAGACGAUGAAUGGUACGAAGCUACUGCUGAAGGAUGUCAGGCAUGUUCCAGAAAUGCACCUGAAUCUCAUCUCUGUAGACAAGUUGGAUGAGGAAGGUUACUGCAACACCUUCCACAAUGGCCAGUGGAAACUCACCAGAGGCUCCUUGGUAUUGGCCAAGGGCAAGAAGCUGUCAAAGCUGUAUGUGACGGAAGCCAAGAUCUCCUCAGAGAUUGUCAACUCAGCGGAGAAUGGUGACACAAUUGAAUUGUGGCACAAACGGCUCGGUCACAUGAGUGAGAAGUCCAUGGCAAAGUUGGCCCAGAAGAAGGUCAUAGUUGGGUUGGAUCAUGUUCAUCUAAAGAAGUGUGUCGAUUGUCUUGCGGGAAAGCAAAACCGAGUUGCUUUCAAAAGUUCUAUCCCUUCAAGAGCAAAGAACGUGUUGGAUCUAGUUCACUCAGAUCUCUGUGAACCCGAUGUCAAUGUCAAAUCACUUGGAGGUGCCAGAUAUUUCGUGACAUUCAUUGAUGACCAUUCACGGAAGACUUGGGUGUAUACCUUGAAGACCAAGGAUCAGGCCCUAGACGUUUUCAAACAAUUCCUGGCCCUGGUGGAGAGGGAAACUGGCAAGAAGCUGAAGUGCAUCCGGACUGACAAUGGUGGAGAGUACAGAGGUCCGUUUGCUACCUUUUGCAAGGAACAUGGAAUUCGGCAGCAAUUCACACCACCAAAGACGCCGCAAUUGAAUGGGCUAGCUGAGAGGAAGAACAGGACCCUGCUAGAGAGAGUCAGGUGCUUGUUAUCACACUCGAAGCUUCCACAAUCUUUCUGGGGGGAGGCACUGCUUGCAACAGUUUAUGUGUGGAACAGGUCACCCAGUGUGCCACUGAAGUAUGACGCCCCAGAGAAGGUGUGGACAGGAAAUGAAGUUUCCUACAAACAUUUGCGGGUGUUUGGUUGCAAGGCCUUUGUCCAUAUUCCAAAGGAUGAAAGGUCAAAGUUGGAUUCAAAGAAGCGACCGUGCGUAUUCAUUGGCUAUGGUCAAAAUGAGUUUGGCUAUAGAUUCUUUGAUCCAAUCCAGAAGAAGCUUAUCAGGAGCCGUGAUGCUGUGUUCAUCGAGAAUGAGACCAUCGAAGAUGUUGUUGCUAGGAAAGAAGUUCCUAGUACUGAUGCUAGCCAGCCAAACCUUGAGCUAGUGCCUCCAACACCAGCGCCUACAGAAGUUGGAGAAGAAGUACAACAUGAUCAGCCUGAGAUAGUUGAACCAGAUGCCCAUGUGGAGGUUCAACCAGAAGAUGCUGAUGACGAUGGUCAAACACCAGCCAUAGAAGGUUCUCCUGUUCGAACAACAAGAUUUGGUAGAAUUUCACGACCGUCUACCAGAUAUCCCGAGACUGAAUACGUCUCACUUACUGACGGUGGAGAACCAGAAAGCUUCACAGAAGCUAUGAAUGAUGAACACAAGCAAAGGUGGAUAGAAGCCAUGCAAGACGAGAUGGAUUCCUUGUAUGAGAACAACACAUUUGAGCUGGUGAAGUUGUCAAAAGGCAAGAGAGCUUUGAAGAACAAGUGGGUGUUCAAGAUCAAACAUGAUGAACACAACCGUCAGCCACUCUUCAAAGCCAGACUAGUCGUGAAAGGCUUCAGUCAAAGGAAAUGCAUUGACUUUGAUGAGAUAUUUUCACCUGUGGUGAAGAUGACAUCCAUUCGUACUGUGUUGGGAAUAGCAGCAAGUCUUAACCUGGAGGUUGAACAAAUGGAUGUGAAAACUGCUUUCCUUCAUGGUGAUUUGGAGGAAGAGAUUUACAUGGAGCAACCAGAAGGCUUCAAGAAGGAGAAAAAGGAGGACUAUGUGUGCAGGCUCCGUAAGAGCUUGUAUGGCUUGAAGCAGGCACCAAGGCAGUGGUAUAAGAAGUUUGAGUCUGUUAUGGGGGAGCAAGGUUACAUGAAGACUACUUCUGACCACUGCAUAUUUGUGAAGAAAUUCUCAGAUGGAGAUUUCAUCAUAUUGUUGCUGUAUGUGGAUGAUAUGCUAAUUGAUGGGCAAAAUGUUUCCAAGAUCAACGACUUGAAGAAAGAGUUGAGCAAGUCUUUUGCCAUGAAAGAUUUGGGACUAGCAAAACAGAUUCUUGGCGUGAGGAUCAUUCGGGAUCGAGGUGCCAAGAAGAUAUGGUUUUCACAAGAGAAGUACAUUGAGAAAGUACUUCAACGUUUCAACAUGGAUAAUGCUAAGGCGGUUAGCUGUCCUCUUGCUAACCACUUUACAUUGACAUCCAAACAGAGCCCGUCUAUAGAGAAGGAAAAGGCGGAGAUGGAUAAAAUUCCAUAUGCUUCAGCAGUGGGAAGUUUGAUGUACGCCAUGGUGUGUACAAGGCCAGAUAUUGCUCAUGCAGUUGGAGUUGUCAGUCGGUUUCUUUCCAAACCAGGAAAGGAACAUUGGGAAGCCGUGAAGUGGAUCCUCAGAUACCUUCGAGGUAGCUCCAAAAUGAGUCUAUGUUUUGGAGAUGGUGAACCUGUCCUUGUUGGCUAUACAAAUGCUAACAUGGCAGGUGAUGUUGAUUCGAGGAGGUCCACUUCUGGGUACCUAAUUACCUUAUCAGGGGGAGCAAUAUCGUGGCAGUCAAGGCUACAAAAAUGUGUAGCUCUCUCCACAACAGAAGCUGAGUACAUAGCAGCAACGGAAGCAUGCAAGGAGAUGAUAUGGAUGAAGAAGUUCCUGAAUGAACUUGGGUUCCUACAGGAACAACCGCAGCUGUUCUGUGACAGUCAGAGUGAUAUUCAUCUUGCGAAGAAUGCUUCAUUUCAUGCUCGAUCAAAACAUAUCGAUGUUCGAUAUCACUGGAUUCGUGAUGUACUUGAAAUGAAGCAGCUACAACUGGAGAAAAUCCAUACUGACGAAAAUGGAUCUGACAUGUGUACCAAGACUCUUCCAAGAGAAAAGUUUGAGUUCUGUCGAUCAGCUGCAGGGAUGACGAAGUCACCUAUGUAGUAAGGCGAGGGAGAAUUGUUGGCCCGCCUACAUAUGGUGAGGAAGAGGCCAGCAAUUCAGCUGGCGGUGGAAAUUAAAAAAAAAUGUCAACAAAGUCACCGAAUGCAGUUGUGGAGGUGAGUGAGUAGGUGGGAAUUAAUUUCCCUUUGUCUCCCAUUAGCCUAUAAAAGGCAGAGGCAGUAGCCUCAAUUCGAUCAUCCUUCACCAUUCCAUUAUUCUCCAUUUCCUUUGCUCUGCUUCUAUUCGUAUUUCUUUUGUGGGUUUUGGUAGUGAAACGUUUUCACUACCACGGGUAGAUAGGAUAAUUCUUGUGAGUGAAAUAGUGAGGUUGUUCCGGGAAACACCGAGUGUUCUAUUUCCUUGUAUAUUGAAAUUCUCUGUAACCUACGGUUGCAAUAGUGAAGAAAUACUCUGGAGCUGUUGUUCCCGUGGACUGGCCCUAAAUUAGGGUAUACCACGUAAAUCCUCUGUGCCAUUUAUUAUUGUCUAUGCUUGUUGUCAUUUUGAGAAUAGUCGUAGUAUAUUGCGUUAUUAAAUUACCGAAGUAAAUUGAUCUAAGUAAGUUGGUUACCGUAAUUCUGGAGGCUCUGCCACCAGGUCCAACUUACCUGUGAACUUUUUACAAGCGUGUGAUUUUUUAAUCCAAUAUAUUUACCCGCUAUUCUCACCCGCUACGCCCAACAAUAGCUUCCUCUCCCCCACUCCUUCCUCUAGACUCAAAUCCUCGUCGGGCUUCAGGAGAAACAACCAAUCACUCUAGCUCGCAACGUGGAGAAUGGUUGCUGAAUUCUGCUAUUUCAAAGAUCCGCUCGAGAUUUUGUACCAGUUUAUGAAAGGUGGCGAUGUGAGGGACAUAGCAAGGAGUGAAUAACAAAUGAGGAAGAAAUAGAGGACUAAAGGCAGAGUGGCGAUGGUGGUCAAUAAGCACCGGCAACUGGUUCCUAGAAGUGUGAGAAUCAAGCGGAAUGAAGCCUGUGUGAAGGCGGAAGCGAGUGCCAAAAGGAAAAAGAAGAAGAUUUCCCAGGCGAGGAAAGCCUCCUCCACGAUUCUGAUUCCAAUUUCCAAGACAAAUCCGAUUUGCAAUCCGGGCUAAAUUAUGCUAAUUAGGCCAUUCCAUUUGCCACAUAGAACUUAAUGGAUCCCAUUAAUGGAAUUGGACGGAAACUAAUUGAGAGUGACUAAAUGCGGACUUUUUCAGUAAUUCGAGUGACCAAAAUUGAUAUUAAUUUUUUCAGUUACUAAACAUGACAUGUUUUAGUUACGUACGUUAGUGACCAAACCUGAAAUCAAAUUUACACAUUAUAUAUGUAUAAUAAAUAUCAAAUACUUUAGAGAAAAAUAAUGAUAUUUUAAAAAAAAUACAUGUGAAUAAAGAAUUUGUGCGAGGAACCUAAUUAGACCAAGCUGGGAGAUUAGAUAGUGACGAGUUUCAACUCGUGUCGAAUGAAGGCAUGGCAAUGAAUUGCCGUUGCUUAUAAGAUAAAGCUGGUCAAGACAUGGUGCUACGGUUUAAGAAAGGAGUGGUUGUAGUCUCUUUUCCGCUUAAUGGCUCGCAGAAAUGAGACUGCUUAAUGGCUCGCAGUCCUUGAUCUGCACCCUCCAAAGCAUCAAGCUUUUUUACACUAGGAAGAAGAAUAAACCCGUAUAACACCGUCGAGCUUCAAACACUUUAGACACUUCAAACUGUAGAACGUCGUUGUAAGGCGACAGGAUGCGGAAGGUGUAUCCACAUCAAUCGCACCCCUUGAGUUUUAACAUCAACCUCCUCGAGCAUAGACUCAUCACAUGCCAUCUUUAACCAGAAAUCUGGCCUUACAUUGUAGUCGACGAAGCCGCAAAAUGCUUCAUUGACUCAUAAAUUACAACACCAGAA